UACUGGAACUAUCAUAUCCAGAUCCACACCAACCAUUCUUUAUGGAAACAGAUGCAUCCGAAAAGGCUGUUGGAGCAAUAUUAUACCAGAUAGGAGACAAAUCACGAGAUCAUUGGAAGAUCAAAGAAGAAAUCAAAAGAAAAGACUUACUAAGAGAACAAAUAUUGGCUGAAAAAGACUAUAGUAAAAGACCAUUAGGAAAUAUACGAAUAAUAGAAAUAGGAUCAACCGCGUUGUCAGAAACACAGAAAAAGUGGCCAACAACACAAAAAGAAAUGUACGCGAUAGUACACUUUCUGGAACAAUGGCGACAUUAUAUUGGAACACAAAAAAUACACAUAUAUUCAGACACAACUGGGAUCACAGCAA